AUGCCUGACUCGAUGACAACUCCUAUGCUAAAGCACAUCAAUCCGUUUCUUGCGGAUAUGAGGAAGCAUGCGAGCGAUUCACGUCCAGCAUACGCGAUGUCAGCCUUGUGUGCCAUGUCGAUGCCAUUUGGAUUUGGAUAUGCGAUCAAGACAGCGGGGAAUGAAGCUGCGAAGAAAGCCCCACGCCUCAUUCCGCCUUUCUGGCAGCUUCUUGGAUUCAGCGUAUUCUUUGGUACGGGCGCGUACAUGAUUGAUCAUGGUGAUGUGCUUAAUGGAAGUGGCGUCAUUUCUGCCUGGUCACUUACCUAUGUAACAUUCCACACACUACGAACUGCUAGGUGGCUCUUGCGCUCGCCACUCGCCCUGCUUCUCAGUUCAACAGUGACCGGAAUUGGUCUGGGUGUGUAUGCGAAUUAUUACUUCGACAAGUCGAGCUGGCGUGGUGCAGUGCCCGGCCUCUUGCCCAAACCCAGAGAGUCUAGGCUUGUGUGA